AUGGAUACUCUUACUCUCGACGAUCUUCCUGCCGAGAUCUUCUUGCUCAUCACCGAGCAUAUGGACUUUGAGGCUCUGUGCGCUCUGGGUAGGGUUUCCAAAUCCAUGCGCGAGAAGGCCUUUGCACCCUGGCUUGGCAGCCUCCUGCAUCCUUUGUCCAUCCACCUCGACGUCGACAAUCCCAAGAGCGUGCACCUUCGCCCCAAGGAAACCAAGCUUGUGCGUCGCACCUUGCCAGAAGAUUACGAGGCGCUUCAGAAAGCCCAACAGCUGGUCCUCGAGGUGCACAACCAUCUUUGGAAAAACCACGACAUCACCAGGGCCAGCCUUGUGGCGCUGACCCGGUUCCUGCUUUCCAACAAACCCUCAGCCCUCCAGCUCCAAUCGCUCACUCUCUGCGCACCUCCAAACAUAUUCAAGGACUUCCCACACUAUGAUGAGGUGGUACCCGAGAUUGAUCUCUGGGAUGGCGGCCGCAGACGCCGACUUUCCACUCUCUGGGUCAACCUCACCCAGUUGAUCAUCCACAUUCCCGCAAGCGUCCACUCUGAGAAACUCCUCGACGGCAUGGUCUGCAUCAUUCUCGAUCACGCCCCCCGGCUCCAGGACUUCCGCUUCUUCUACGACCGGAGACUACGUCAUCCUCAGACCUGGGUGAGUGGGCUGACCAUCGAACACCUGGCUCAUCUCGAACCCGCGCCGCACCUGAAGCGGUUGGAGAUCAACGACCCUCGUGCUCUUCUCAGCGCGACCAUUAUCAAUCUGUUCGGGAAGUACGGCCGCUCCCUGGAGCACAUCGCCGUCAUGACUCCGGGCUUCAAUCCGAACCCUGACGCCGUUAAUCGCAACCGGCUCCCUGGGCUGAAGGCCCAAUGUCCCGUCCUGAAGCAGCUCGUCUACUUCGAGAACGGACGCGUGGCCCUGGGUGGACCGGAACUCUGGGUUCAGCGGCCCCUUGCGGACGAUCCUGACGGUCCCCUUAGUUGGGUCAGGGCGGAUGGGUCCAAGGAGUGGUUUUUCAAGGCGGCUAAUGGUAGACGCAGGAACAUCAAGGCUGGCUUGAUCUAG